AUGCUCCGUUACAAACUGUCAUGUCCCGUCAACCAGGCACGGCCGCGCCUGGAGCGGUCGGAGGUGGUGGCUCGGGAGGGAGAGGGCUCGAACGUGGAUGACGUGCGCACGAGCUUUGGCACGUUCCUGGACUACCAGCAGGAUGACGUCAUCAAGCGCAUUGAGCAGCGCAUUGCUGCAUGGACCUUCCUCCCUGUUGGUGAUCCCUAUCUUGCAGAGAAUCAGGAGGCGAUGCAGGUGCUGCGGUACCAGGAGGGGCAGAAGUACGAGGCACACCACGACUUCUCUAAGGAGGUGGUGCGGUGCGAGAACCAGGAGGCGAUGCAGGUGCUGCGGUACCAGGAGGGGCAGAAGUACGAGGCACACCACGACUUUUUCGAGAAGGAGGGGCAGCAGGGUGGGCAUCGCUACGCCACAGUGCUCAUGUACCUGACUGAGGGCUUGAUGGGAGGCGAGACGGUGUUUCCUGACGCUAAGCAGGGACAGGGGCAGCAGGGUGGCCACCGCUACGCCACGGUUCUCAUGUACCUGACAGAGGGCUUGAUGGGAGGCGAGACGGUGUUUCUCGAUGCUAAGGACCCUGUGGAGAAGGAUGACACCUGGUCGGAGUGCGGCAAGCAGGGAGUGGCAGCCAAGCCAAUCAGAGGCGACGCGCUCCUUUUCUUCUCCCUCACCCCAUCCGCCGAACUCGACCUCAAAUCUCUUCACGCGGGCUGCCCGGUAAUUUCCGGCGAAAAAUGGUCGGCGACAAAGUGGAUUCACGUGGGUGCGUUCUACACCCCAUCUGGGGCUCCGGCUGUAGCGCCGCCUUCGGAUGGAUCGUGUGAGGACAAGGCACAGCACUGUGUGUACUGGAAGACGCAGGGCGAGUGUGACAAGAACCAGGAGUACAUGCAUGCUAAUUGUCCCAAGUCGUGUGGUGUAUGUUCGGCUUGA